AUGGUCGAUAACGCUGACGUUAGCCCGUACCGGUGGGCCGAUCCGGUUCCGCUAAAAACGAGCGUCCAGCGUGCCCGGGAACUGUUCGAGCUGGUGCUCAACGUCGUGCUGUUCUUGUUCGAAUCCGUGCCCCUCUGGUGGGAGGCACUGGUCGGGUGCUUUGUGGCCCCGCCCGCCAAGAACAUUUCCGGCCAGACGGCUCUGGUGACGGGCGGUGCGAACGGACUCGGGCAAGCGAUUGCGAUCGCACUGGCGAAGGAGGGUUGCAACGUGGCCGUGGCGGAUGUGGACGAAGUGAACGGGCGGGAAACGGUGGCCAAACUGCGCCGCUACAAUGUGUCCGCCGUGGCAUAUAAGGUUGAUGUAUCGGACUACGAAGCCGUGCGGCAGCUUGGACGGGACAUCGAGCGCGACCUCGGCCCGGUAGACAUCCUGGUCAAUAAUGCCGGAAUACUUCCCACAAGCUUCUCCCAGGACGGCUUGCCUUCGCACUGCAAACGUACCAUGGAAGUGAACGUACUUUCCGGAUUCUGGACGACACAAGUCUUCAUCGACAGCAUGGUCCGCCGGAGAAAGGGUCACAUCGUGGCGAUCAGUUCGCUCGCUGGUUACGUUGCGCCCGGGUGGGCGAAAACGUACGCCACGACCAAGUUUGCCAUCCGCGGUUUUAUGGAUGCCCUCGAGGACGAUCUGUACCUGCGCGGACAGUCGGAGCACGUGCGCACUACGACCAUCUUCCCGCAGGCCUUUAACACACGCAAACAGGCCAUCAGUGUGCUGAAGGCCUCUUCCGGACUUACUCGUCUUCCGAUCUACGAACCGAGCGCAUUAGGAGAGACCGUUGUAAAUGCGAUCAAAACCAACCAGCGCAAGGUUGUGGUGCCAGAAACAGUGAAACCCUACCUGCUGGCCAUCUUCGAGAACAUGCCGAUCAAGGUACGACAAUUGCUAACGAAAACAUUGGCGCAGGGUGAAGUUAAACUUUUAGAUUGA